GACCGGGGAGCCUGGAGUCCGGGCCGAGGACGGGCUGUGGGACGCGGGAGCUCGACUCCACAGAGAUCCAGGAGAUGGUCUGAGGAGCCAGGGAUCCUGCCACCUGCCGUUGUAAAGGAUCUGCGGCCAGGGCCUCGGGGCAGCCUGAGGGCGGAUCCUGGCCUUCGGUGCAAGGAAAACCGUGUGGAGGGGGAUGGAUUUUAUUUUAAGGCGACCAGGGUCCUAGCGGGCGGGCGGGGAGGAUUUUAUAUCCUGGGAUUCGGAGACUGGAAACUGCUUUGGGGUUCUGUUUUGUGGCUUUGAGUUGGAAAAAGUCGGAAGAACUAGACGUUUUAGGGAAAGGGGUGUCGGGGGGCGGCGUCUUGGAAAAUGAGAGAUUCUAGCCGAGCGGUGAGCUGACAGCUUGGGGUAGCCAUGCUAGUCCACCGUUUGGGCUGAGUCUCAAAAGCUGGAUUUUCAGGUAGCGGAAGAAUGGCCUAGGGUGCAGGUCAGGGAGAAUUUUAAGGGUAGAAGAUCUUUGAUUUUCUUCACGGAUGGGAUAAGAUCUGCUUAGUGCUGGGGGUGGACUGGCACUUUGGACCUACGGGUGUCCAAGGCUGGGAAGAGUCUCCCAAAACAUGGACUGAACUCUCCAGUGUGUGCCAGGUGGCCUUUUAGGAGGUAAUGAAAGACCAGCAGAUUUGGAAACCCCUAUCCCCAACUCCUACAUUUCCUCGAGGUUACAGGGUCAACCUUGAGGGCAGGUACAACUUGUAUGUUUGGUACUGGGAGGUCUAGGCUAUCUAGUUGGCUUCCAGAGGAGAUUUGGGAUCUAAAUGGUGACAAGAAAGGACAGAAUCUUCUCAUGGACAAAGAAACUAGAGGGCCUAGAAUUGGAAGGACUCAGAUGUCAUGGACAAUAUUACCAGACAGAACCAAUUCUACGAGACACCAGUCAUCAAGCAAGAAAAUGAGUCAAGCUAUGAUAGGAGACCACUAGACAUGGAGCCACAGCAGCAAGUAUAUCACCCAGAAUUGAAGACAGAAAUGAAGCAAGAAGCCCCACCCAGCUUCCUCCCCCCUGAAGCCUCACAGCUCAAGACAGACAGACCACAAUUCCAGAAUCGAAAGAGGCCCUUUGAAGAGAAUCGAGGCCGUGGGUACUUCGAGCACCGAGAGGAUCGAAGGGGCCGCUCUCCUCAGCCUCCUGCUGAAGAGGAUGAAGAUGACUUUGAUGAUACACUUGUGGCCAUUGACACAUAUAACUGUGACCUGCACUUCAAAGUGGCCCGAGACCGGAGUAGUGGCUAUCCAUUGACGAUUGAGGGCUUUGCAUACCUGUGGUCAGGAGCCCGUGCCAGCUAUGGGGUCAGAAGAGGGCGUGUGUGUUUUGAAAUGAAGAUCAAUGAGGAAAUCUCCGUGAAGCAUCUUCCAUCUACAGAGCCCGACCCCCACGUUGUCCGUAUUGGCUGGUCCUUGGACUCUUGCAGCACUCAGCUAGGUGAAGAGCCUUUUUCCUAUGGUUAUGGAGGCACAGGGAAGAAGUCUACCAAUAGCCGCUUUGAAAACUACGGAGACAAAUUUGCUGAGAACGAUGUGAUUGGCUGCUUUGCGGACUUUGAAUGUGGAAAUGAUGUGGAGCUUUCUUUUACCAAGAAUGGCAAGUGGAUGGGCAUUGCCUUCCGAAUCCAGAAAGAGGCCUUAGGGGGUCAGGCCCUCUAUCCUCAUGUCCUGGUGAAGAAUUGUGCUGUGGAAUUUAACUUUGGGCAGAGAGCGGAGCCCUACUGCUCUGUCCUCCCAGGGUUCACAUUCAUCCAGCACCUCCCCCUCAGUGAGCGGAUACGGGGCACCAUUGGGCCAAAGAGCAAAGCAGAGUGUGAGAUUCUGAUGAUGGUAGGCCUGCCUGCUGCUGGCAAGACCACGUGGGCCAUCAAACACGCUGCCUCCAACCCUUCCAAGAAGUACAACAUUCUGGGUACCAAUGCCAUCAUGGAUAAGAUGCGGGUGAUGGGCCUGCGGAGGCAGCGGAACUAUGCUGGUCGCUGGGAUGUCCUGAUCCAGCAGGCCACUCAGUGCCUCAACCGUCUUAUUCAGAUCGCUGCCCGAAAGAAGCGAAACUAUAUCCUAGAUCAGACCAAUGUUUAUGGGUCAGCCCAGAGACGGAAAAUGAGACCGUUUGAAGGCUUCCAGCGGAAAGCUAUUGUAAUCUGUCCAACUGAUGAGGACCUCAAAGACCGCACAGUAAAGCGAACGGACGAAGAAGGGAAGGAUGUCCCAGAUCACGCAGUCUUAGAAAUGAAAGCCAACUUCACUUUGCCUGAUGUCGGGGACUUCCUGGAUGAGGUUCUGUUCAUUGAGCUCCAGCGGGAGGAGGCAGACAAGCUGGUGAGGCAAUACAACGAGGAAGGCCGGAAGGCCGGCCCGCCCCCUGAGAAGCGCUUUGACAGCAGAGGCGGAGGCUUCCGAGGCCGUGGGGGCGGCGGCGGUUUCCAGCGGUAUGACAACCGAGGCCCUCCUGGAGGCAACCGAGGAGGCUUCCAGAACCGGGGAGGUGGUGGUGGCAGCGGUGGUGGAGGAGGCAACUACCGAGGAGGUUUCAACCGCAGCGGAGGUGGUGGCUACAACCAAAACCGCUGGGGUAAUAACAACAGGGAUAACAACAACUCCAACAACCGAGGCAACUAUAACCGGGCUCCUCAGCAACAGCCACCACCACAACAGCCACCGCCACCACAACCACCACCACAACAACCACCACCACCACCUAGCUAUAGCCCUGCUCGGAACCCUCCGGGAGCCAGCAGCUACAACAAAAACAGCAACAUCCCUGGCUCCAGCGCCAAUACCAGCACCCCUACAGUGAGCAGCUACACCCCUCCACAGCCGAGUUACAGCCAGCCACCCUACAACCAAGGAGGCUACACCCAGGGCUACACAGCCCCACCACCUCCACCUCCGCCACCACCUGCCUACAACUAUGGGAGCUAUGGCCCCUACAAUCCUGCCCCCUAUACACCCCCACCACCCCCAACUGCCCAGACCUACCCUCAGCCCAGCUAUAACCAGUAUCAGCAGUAUGCCCAGCAGUGGAGCCAGUACUAUCAGAACCAGAGCCAGUGGCCGCCAUACUACGGGAACUACGACUAUGGAGGCUACUCGGGCAGCACACAGGGGGGCACAAGCACACAGUAGCCGGUGCUGGAGCCUUCAGAGGCUCGUGCCGGCUGCUUCUAAUAGCACCUGCCUUGGCCCCUUUUUCCCCUCUGAGUCCUGUGGUGCUGGGGACAGAGUUAUCCCAGGGCUGCCUCUCUCUAGCCCACUUUUUCCAGAGGAGCUUCUCUCUUCAUACAGGCCAGGCAUUUUCCUCUCUGGAUUCCAACAGGCAACAGUGAGCUUUUCUUUUAUCUUUGUCCCUCCACUUCCUCCUCCCCUGCCUUCUUAGCUAAAGAAGCCUCCCUUGUGAGGCCACAGUGACUGGGGAGGAGCCUUGCCUGUCUGCCCCUCCCUACUCUGCUUUUUAGCCCCUUGGCUUCCCAGACUCUCAUGCAGUUGGUUGUAAAUUCUUCCAGGAGCUGUUUUUCUGUCUACUUUUCAGGAUUUAAAAAAAAUUUUUUUCAAAAACUUUAAAAAAAAAAAAAGUUUAAGAAGCAAAUUGCAGAGGGAGGAAGCAUUGACUUUUUUUGGUAAUUAUGCUUUUUUUUUUUUUUUUUUAAUUUUUAGAAUUUGUCUGUUUUUACUGUGGGUCAGCCGUUGAUACUUCAUCAAAUAACCAUUUCUUUGCUGAGUUCAGGUAACCGAGGAAGAGCCACACCCUCGAAACAACAAAAUCACCUUUAACCUAACUUUUUAUAUGAUGUCUCAGUUCCCCGUAACUUUGCACACAAGCGUCUGUUCAGUUGGAUUGUAACUGCUUUUUGUACUUGGAGAGAGUGUGACUAUUGAACUUGAAACCUUUUACUCCAGGAGUCGUGGUAGUUUCUGGUGGGCAUAAGCGGGUGAGAGGGUGAAGGGAAGGUGGGGGUGGGGCCAGCUUCCCUUUAGACCCUAAAGUUCCUCCACCACCACCACCACCACCACCUCCACCUCCACCACCACCUCCACCUCCAUUGCUCUUCCAGGUGCCAGACCUGCAAUGUUUUACAGUGGUCCUUUUGAUUACUCUCACUUCCCGAAUGUUCUAACCGGACCUUAGCAAACCGCACUUAUUACAAGAUGUUUUACCCUGUUUUGUUUUGUUUUCUUUCAAUAAAUGACAUGGCACCUCUUAUCAG